AUGGUCGUCAACCAGAUGCUUCUGCGCCGAACAGCUGUUCUGGCCUCGACCUCGUGUAGAACGUUCACGACAGCGGCACGCGCCUUCAACGCCGCGCCUCAGCUGAAGCGCGAAGGUCCCACGGCUCCUAAAGGAGACAAGCACAAGUUUGACGAUGAUUACGACGACCCUCACUAUCCUGGAGUGCAACAGAAGCAGAAAGCGUUCAACGACCCGUACCCGAACCGUCCCAACGCAGACCGCCAGCAGCCGGAGCCCGAGUCGCCCCGGGGACACGAGGGCGCUUUCGCCGACCACCGCGGCGGAGGCGGCCGCGCUGAGGGUGAGCGCAUCACUGGCUCCGAAGAAGCCGCCGAGACUCGCACCAGCGACCGCGUUGGCCAGAUUGCCAAGAACGCUGCCAAGUCGCUCUUCAGCUCGUCUGACAAGCGAUCCUUUUCCACCUCUGCUCGCGCUUUCGCUAAGGACCCGACGCAGAGUGAACGCAGCACUCCCGCCACCACGUCCAAGGGCAGCCUGAACGAGCACCCGGGCUACACCACCGGUGAUGCACCCAUCGACUCUCGACCCCCCUCGGAGAUGCCCAAGCCGUCGGAGCACGCUCGACCCUCGUCAAGCACGGGCAAUGCGAGCGCCAAAGCCACUGAGCCCCACCCCGACGUGCACGCCAUGGCCGAUGGCGCAGACCAGCCCGGCGCCGGCGUCGAUGCCAUCCACCCUGAAGACCGAACGCAAAACUCAUGGGGCGCAAAUGCAAGAUCGGCACAGUUCAACCCGGACGAGGGAAAGCGUCAGCCGUUGCACCAUGGCGGUAGUCACGAAGGCGGGUUCAAGGGUCAGCCUGACCGAAAGUCUCGUACAUGA